AUGUGGCUCCUUUUUCUAAAAGAAAUAGAAGAUGGAGACGGUGUCGGAGCAGAUGAUGAAGAACAAUAUGUGUGUCGAAUAAUCCAGAAAACCAUUCACCUCCCACUUCCAGCUGUUGUUCGACUCACCCUCAAUAUUUCGCUUCAUCUUUUCCCUUCCCUCUCAAUUUCUGGUAAUGGUGGGUCGCGGACGAAGCAAAUCCAAAUAGAUACAGAUUUUUAUCUUCCCCUUCAAACCCUCCUAUCCCAACUUUUACUCCCAACCUCUCUUAUCUACAUCUCCUCUCUCUCCUCCGCCGUAUCCAGGCGGCGAUCUAGGCGGUUCCCUGGUUUGGAUUCAUAUCAAUAA